UCACAUCGAACUCUGUUAGAGGCGUACACACAGCGGUCGGAGUGUCCGCCGAGUUUCCGUGUUUACAGUGCAGAAGUAGCACUUCGUGGCGGAAGUUCGCGAUUUUUAUGUGGUGUUUGUUCGCUCCGUCGAUGGAAUGAGAUUUGUGCAACCGGGAGUGACUUUGUGAUUUCAUGUGAUUUUAGCGUUUAACGAGGUCACAGGUGGACGAUAAUUAUUCCGUCAUUAAGUAAUGCGUAGCUGUGACACAACAUGGACUGUUUUGGCAAAGUUAUCAGACGCGGUUGAAAAUAUAGCAGGUUCACUUCGAAUCGAAUAUACGGGCUAAUUUAUCGUUUGAGAUCUGAUUAAACCAAUAUAAAACAUCUAAUCAAAAUGAUGGAAGUGAGCGAAGUUCCGCAGCAACAACAGCAGCAGCAAUCGCAGUUGCCGUUGGAUUUUAGUGUGACCAUGGUUAACAUCAAGCUGAAUAAUUUGAACGUGAACUUGAACACAAACAACAAUAGUAUAAGUAUACUGAAUAAUAACAAUCCCAAUCAUGGUGGUCUAGGAACUAGUGGCACCGGAAGUGGCCAACGGGAUGCGAUGGGUUCCUUACUAGUUGCCCAUCAUAACCACCAUCAUCAUCAACAACAGCAGAACGGCGGUGGGAAUAGUAAUGGCAACAGUGCUGCCCUCACCAGUGCAUUCAAAGUGGUGAUGCCUCGAGAAAAAGCCGACGUAACUGCAAACGGACUCUCGCCUCUGCUGAUCAACAACGAAUUGUUGGUGAACCAUUACCGACGAUUGCUACAUCCGGCUGCGGUAUCACGACUUCCCAACGGUACCAACUCCACCGCAUCCGGAUAUGAUGAAUGUGUGGACGUGCAAAAAGUCAACCGUGAUGAAAUCAAAUUCGGCAUCAGUCGGUUGGUGAAAAACGAAUCGGAGGACGAGGACAAUAACAAUGUGUACCACCAGCAAAAUCACGUGACGAAUGCCUCCUCCAACGGGUAUGACUCGAGUAGUCUCAGUGUGCGGUCCCGGUCCCGAAGUAGGUCGAGAUCACGCGACCGUUCCACCAGAUCUAGGUCUUCGUCGAUCGAGUUGGAAGUGGAUUCACCACCGCCUCCUCGGAUCAGCAGUAUGUCACCGACGACGGACAUUCCGCAUAUUCCGAAAAAUUCGGAAGCUUUCUCGGUGUCGGCCUUGCUGAAGCGGGAAGAUGAACCGAAAUCCAAGUCGCCUUUGUCAAAUGGCUCGUUUGAGUGCGUGAGCAGACCAAAUUAUAGUCAGUUUUACGAACAAAGUUUGCUGAAUCGACCACUGUUUCACCCGUUCCCGUUUUUCGCCAUGCUUCAGCAGCAAGGUCACCAAUUGAAUCCCGCCUUAAGCAACUAUCACCCUUCGACACCGGAAGACAUCCUUCGAUUGCGGCAUUUCAUGGCUCAGAAUGCAGUGGCCGUGGCUGGUGGAGCAGGUGGUGGUGGCGGUGGUGGUGGUGGAUCGAAUGGACCAACCGUCGCCCACCUGGACUUUGGUCAUCCCCAUCAUCCACAUCACCUGCUGAUGCGACCAGAAGUGCAUGCGCGGAGAUCCCACAAUGGUAAACGGCCGUACGCCUGUGAGCUGUGCAACAAAACCUUCGGUCACGAGAUUAGUUUAAGUCAACAUAGAGCUGUGCAUAGUGUAGAGAAAGUGUUCGAGUGCAAGCAGUGCGGGAAGGCGUUCAAACGAUCCAGCACCUUAUCAACGCAUUUGCUGAUCCACAGCGACACCCGCCCGUAUCCGUGUGGAUUCUGUGGGAAACGAUUUCACCAGAAGAGCGACAUGAAAAAACAUACCUACAUCCAUACCGGCGAAAAACCCCACAAAUGCCAGGUAUGCGGAAAAGCGUUCAGUCAAAGCUCGAAUCUGAUAACCCACUCGCGGAAGCACACCGGCUACAAACCGUUCCAGUGCGAGCUAUGCCACAAAGCAUUCCAGCGCAAGGUGGACCUUCGGCGUCACAAGGAAACCCAGCACACCGAGCUCCGGCCGAUGGUCAACUAACCGAAGGCCCUACCGGAAUUCACGCUCUGCUCGCCGACGCUGGUUGCUGCUGCUGCUUCCGGUAAUACUACCGGCGGUACCGCAUUCCUACCGGGGACCGUCAGCACCGAGGGUGAAUUCAUCGUGAUCGACUGAGAAUCAAAACAAAAAAAAAGACGGUGUACAGCGUAGUAUCGGCUAGAAUCCGUUAGAUCGUAGACCGAAUCCUGCAUAAAUGUUGAAUGUGUAAAUUUGUACAAAAUAUAAUCUAAGCCAGCUAGCAGAAUGUUUGGAGAUAUAUUUUCUCUUUGUUAAAUUACCUUUUAGUUGUAAACAUUUCCAUUAACCGUACUGUUCGCUAGUAGUUAGGUAGUUUUAAUUGUCUCAAUUUCAUACCAAAAAGUACGACCGAGUUUGUAAAGUUGGAAGCUAAAUCCUCGCUAUGUAGACCAGCAUUGAACCAAUAAUCCUUCCCUGAGCUGUGCAUUGCACAAACCCCGGUCAAGUUCGACUAUGUUUGUAAAGAUCAACCACAAAAUUCUACGAUAAUUGUAACAAAUCUCUGAGAAACGGACGACAGUGGAAAAUAAAAAUUAAU